UCCUCUUCCACUAUCACCUUGGAUAUCCAGAACUUCACCUAUCACAGAGCCUCGCAUUUGAUAGGUGAAGAAAGCACUGGACGUCGAUUGUGCUCGUGAUAAAAAGGCGACGACGAACACACCGGCAGGAAGGAAGGUUCGGAUCAUGGCCAAACCGGGGGCAGUGACGAUGCUUUUUGCGUUGGUGAUCGGGCUCUGGGUGAUCGAACCAACCGAGGCCCUGGAUUAUCUCUUCUGGGAUGGACCCUCGUGCACGGGCUUUGUGCAGAGUCUGUGCACAGCGAUCAGCAACGGCACCUGCUGCCUGGCGGACAGUGCCUAUCAGUCAGUGCAGGUCCAGGAAGGGGACGGAUGCAAAGCCUCAACCACGUUCAAGGAUGGAGACUGUGCUGCCAAUGUCACAGUUACCACGAGCACCGGCUCCACGUGUUUCAACAGCGGCGGACCCACGUAUACCGCCGCCAGCUGGCAGAAUGCCUGCGUGAACACGACGGCCAACGCGACGGCCAACGGAGCCACGCCCGUGGCUCGGCGAAGAGCUUUGUUGAGCAGGAAGAGUGGCCCGGAAGCGGGCCGUGCCGGUUCAGCCGGUGAUUGCAGCCGUCAUGUGGAAGUGGAUGACCGGAUGAUUUACUACCGACAAAAUCCCACAAAGGGGAUCUGGAGCCUUCGCAUCGAGGGCGCCAGUAAGGCCCAGGUGUUAGAGCAGCUUCUGGAUGUCCCUAACGAGGACAGGGUGUUCUGGUUGUUCACUCACGGUGCUUCCUAUGACCUCCAAGGGAAGGGAAGGUUACUGAAUUUCGUCGAGGCCUAAUGUUACGAGCUGCCGCUAGAGCGUGCACGCACGCAUGCUGCGAUUCUUACGCUAGAAGAUAUGCGCUCGAAAGCUGCUGGUCCGCUAGAAGAAUUUAGAGCCCGAUGUUCGUCGCAUCGAUCGAACACGCAAUUGUGCUUCAAUUCUGCUCGAAGGAGCUUCUCAUUCAUUCCAUCAUCGAUUCAAUAAUCUGCCUGUCUCAGAGCCACGACAGAGGCCCAGAGGCG